AUGGUUUUGUUUGCCGGUGAAAUUAAGAACAAAAGUGAACUAGAGACAUGGCGUGAAAAACUUGGAAUCAAAGUUAACCCUAAUCUCAGAAUAGAGAAAACCAAGGAGCGUGGUAUUGGAGUGUUCUAUACAUGCGAGACGCAGAAUGAGUCCAGCGAACGUAUCGAGUUGAUGCGAAUUCCACACACGUCGAGUUAUAACAUUUAUACUUUGAGAAAACUAGUGGAUGAGAACUUAAGUGCCGAGGAUAAGGCGAUUGUGAAAAGGACGCUCAGUGUGAUUUUUGCAAGAAGUCGAGGAAGCAGUGAAAGUCUCAUACUCAUUGCCUAUUUCAUUGGCUUCUUGAUAGUGUCGAAAAAAAGAAAUGCAGAUAGUUACCGCAAUUCAGAAACUGAUGAGUUCAAACAGACAAUGGGAACAUAUUUGUCUGUUUUACUCGACACGACUAUCGGCAAUUUGUAUGGAGACCACCCUGACAUCCUAGAGGACUUUUUGAGUGCAUUCCCAGGAAACGUCGUGCUGAAAAACUCAAUUGUUGAUAUUACUAGCGGAUUGUGGGAUGAGAUUACUGAUACGUUGAAUGAAGAGUUUCUUGAGAAAGACGAGGCCAUGAAGGUGGAGGAAGUGUUACAACUGUGUGGGGCAAUUCGAUCAAGAGUUCUAGAAAUUCCCCGAGAAGUUGAGGGUGAUCAGGAAGACUACUACGUUGACGUUACACUUGUUCCGAUUCUGGACUAUGCGAACCACGACAAUGAGAAGCGAAACGCGUAUUUCGAUGUUGACCGUAAGAGUCAAGAAGUGGUAUUGUACUUUGAGCCAAACAAAGUAGCAUCAGAAAGAGACCAAUGUGAAAUCUUCAUCAGCUAUGACGAAUAUGAAGAUUUGCAUCGGAUGUUUGUCAACUACGGGUUUUUCCCAUUGAACAAGGAGAGGAGGACUGUGAUCGAAAUCCCGAUUAUUGGGUAUUGUGAGAGCAAGCUGAUGAGCGAUUUCGAGAUCACGAGGAGGUUAUAUUGCAUUCGACAGACUCCAAAUGUGCAGUUUGAGGUGUUGUUCGACGCUAAGGGAGGAGUAAAGAGUGUUAAGGUGCUGGACGACGAGUUCUACUCCUAUCUUGCCUUCAAGGAUGACUUGCCCUGGAACCAGUACGAGAAGGAGGACGACGAGGCCAUGAACGAGCUGAAUGAGCUAAACGAGGGAAAGAAAGGGGGUGAAGUGGAUAUGGAGACGGAAAUGGAGCUCGACUUUGCGAGAGGUUUUCAGAGGAGCGUGGCGAUCGAGAGUAGCUUGUCUGGGGAGGAAACUAGUCGCCUCAUGAAGAUAUUGUGGGAUUACGUGUGUGAAUUUUUUGUCAAGUUCAGUGCGAAGUGCAGACUCUUUAACGAGAUUAUUGCAGAGUACGAAUUCGCUGGGAACGAGGGUAGGAACAUUGUGAAACUACUCGAUUUGUACAUUGCUGUCUGCGACCACGUUUUGGGAAAGGGUGGAGAGGCUGAUCGUAUAUUGGACGCCGGUUCCGUGUUUGGAAAGCGCAGCAAGGAUCGGAGCAGCAGAAACAAAACUGCAUCAGGAGAGGACGCGGACGAGGAGGAUUUGCAGGGUUUCCUAGCGAGCCGGAUGGUCCCUGUGUACAACUACAGCGCAUCUGCCGACGGAGUGGAGAUAGGAGAGCUAGAGAUCUAA